UCAUCUAGUAAUGGGGCCAAAAGAUAGAGGUCGAGGUGUGAAAGCAAGCACAACUUUAAACUCGAAUAGUGGAAGUAGACGCAUUGUAGUGCCAAAUAUUGCAGCCGCAGCGAGUCGUAUUCUCGCGCCAAAGUGGGCAGAUACAAAGCCUAAUGCUUCUGAUGCAGUAAAAUCUGAGCACAUUAAUGGAGAGUCAAGUUCAGUUAAAAGUGAAAAGGGUAGAGGCCGUGGAAGGCCUCCUGGACGUGGAAAGGGACGAGGCGGUUCAGCAAAACAAUUCAUUGCUUCUGAAGAUGAGGAAAUUAUUGGGAAAUUAGAAAGUUCGUUGCAGGAGGACACCAAAGAUGACGAUAAAUUAAAUGAAAAAGAUAAAGAAAAGAAGCCAAAGAAAAAGAAAAUUAAAUUGGAGCUUUCAGAAAAUCUUUAUGAGGAAUUUUGGCAAUCAGAUGAUGAAUUGGACCGCGAAGAGUUAGAUGAACUUUGUGGAGGAAGUUUUAUUGCUGAUUUAAAGAAAUGUGAACAAUUACCAUUUGUUCUCCCAAAUAAUGAAGCUCAACAAUUUAAUAGAAUAAUUAAAAAAAGGAGAAAGGAAGAAGAUGGGGAAGAAUACCAAAAAGAUAUUAAAGAUAUAAAAUUGAAAGAAAUCUUAGCAAUGGAAGAAGCUUCAAAACAAUCAAAAAUUUGUUUAAGAGAAGAAAAAUUCCAAUCAGCUGCUAAUACAAUACAAAGACUGGCAAAUGGUUUUGAAAAUAAAUUUUUUUAA